AUGGCCAUGGAGCUGCCAGGCAUUGAAGCCAACUUCGACGACCCGUCCGAGUCAAUGGUCCCGCAGGUCCUCGUCGUCGCCAUCCUGUUGAACCUGAUCGCCAUCUUCUUCUGCGCCAUCCGGCUGUACACCGCCAAGGUCGUGAUACGCCGGGCUCAGCUUGACGACUGCCUGAUCUUCAUCGCCCUCGUCUUCGCCACAACGUACUCAGUCAUCCAGGUCUACGAGACCCGCAACGGCGCGGGCCAUCACAUCUGGGAAGUCAGCAGGGCCGCUGUCAUUGCGUUCCACAAGCUGAGCAUGGUCGACCUCGCCGCUUACAGCCUGUCCGUGCUCUUCACCAAGGCCUCGAUCCUCGUCUUCUACCUGCGCUUCCCCCUGACGCAGCCGAUCAGGAUGGUGGUGUACGCGGUCAUGGUCGCCACCGUGGCAUACUCGUGCGCCGGCGCUCUCAGCUGGGCUUACCUCUGCACGCCGAUGGAGAGGAUCUGGGACGAGAGCGUGCCAGGAACCUGCGUCAAUGAAUCCAUGUGGUGGCUGAUGCUAUCCGUCUGCAACGUCGCCACUGACAUCGCCAUCUUGUUGCUUCCUAUAUGGAUUCUGGCGCCCUUGUCAUUGAGGCUCGUCAAAAAGAUCGAGAUGACCAUCUUCCUCAUGGCGGGCGGAUUUGUACUUGGGCCAAGCAUUGUGCGUAUGGUCAUGAUCCCCCUCGGCUUCGGCAAUACCGACUUUACCUGGACCGCCUCCAUCAGCAUCAUUUGGUGCGUGGUGGAAGCCAACGUGGGCAUCAUCUGCACUUGCCUCCCAUUCCUCAAGCCCUUUAUCAAGCACGUGGCGCCAAAUAUCGCCAGGCGUUUCUCCGCGCUCGAUGAGCCGGCGUCACCCACCGUCUUCGAGCGCGCCGCGGCGCUGCAGAGCAUGCCGGAGAUGCCCAAGUCCACCUGGCGCAAGAGUUUAGGGCGGCAGCCCGUCCACGAUGCCCCGAACGCCGACACGCGGCCGACGAAACCGGAAUGGCCUCUGUCAAAUAACAAGCCGAUUGAUCAUGUCGAAUAUCUACCAGAUCGGGUGCCAGACUACCAGAAAUCAGUACAUGGUGCGAAACCUGUCGAUGCUACGGAAAUGGUGUAG